AUGCCGCGCUCGUGUUUGUGGCCCGAAGCGACCUUCCCUGCCGUCUUGCCAGUCCAAAUUCUCAUACAGCAUUCGGAUAUUAGCGCCUUCUCCCGUGAAAUUUCUGUCUUGCUGCAGACGAGAUAUAUUGAAUUUUGCUCGGUUCUCGGCGUCUUCCAAGUCAGUCAGCAAGAUGGUCCACCGUCCAACCCCGACAGGGCGCAUUUGCCGCAGCACGGCGCAGAGACCAACGCCCAACGUGCCGACGCCACAACCGAGCUCCAGAAUGUUCAGUUCGCCGGCGACGUGGCGAGCCAUGCUCUCACCCAGUUCUUCCUCGAGUUCGAGAAAUUCUCCUCCCUCAUCGUAGAGAUACAGUCUUCGCCUACAAAGAUGGUCAUGGAUAUAUCCAUCGACGCGCAGUUCCGCCCAUACCGGCAUGAUGAGUCCGCCGUCAUGCUCGUCGUGGGCGACGCUGCUUGA